UGCGAUUGGCUUCACUUGAAGAAUUUCAGAACCUUUCAUGUAAAAGCUUUUUUUUUUUUUUUUUUUUUUCCUUCUGGAAAAAAAGGAAAUUCAUCAUUUUGAUUCCAGGGUUAUACUGGACUUGGAAGGAGUGCUUUUGUUUACAUACUAUUGUAUGGUUUAAAUUUUUUUUCCCUUUUUCUCUUUUUCUUUUUUUGCUGUGCAAAUCAGCUGGAAGGUAUUUUUUUUUUCCAAGUGCCAAUUCGGAUUUAUUCAUUUUCCUUCCCCCUCGCCCUCCUCCCCUUUUCUCAAAUGAAUCUGUUGUCGUUUUAAGCAUUGAAGAACGCAGAAUUUCCCCCCUCUUGGAGCUGGAAGCUCUUGCCCACAGGACAGCUGGGAAAACUGGAUUAAAAGGAUGGUUUUUAUCUGUGUUUUGUAGUAAGAUUGAUAUUUUUGAGGGCAUAUUCUUUGUGUUUCGUGUUUUUUUUUUGUUGUUGUUGUUUUUUAGCCUAUAGCGCUAACCUUUUAGAGAUUUGUGGUUGAGUUUUUGGUUUCUAAGGUCAUAGUUUUUCCUUUUUCUUUUUUUUUUCUUUUUAAGAAGGGGAGGGGAAAAGGGGACUGAGAAAGCAGACCAUGUUCACUGGUAAAGUAGAAGGGAGCUUCAGUUACUAGGGUCCUGAGAGCCGGAGAAGAAGAAUUCCGUCUUCAAGUUGGGAGGCCCUCCCUCUCAUCUUUCUUAAAAAUUGCAAGGAUUCAGUCCUGAUCAAGACACCAGCCCUGCAAGAUUCUGGAACCGUGGAGACACCGAGAAACCAUGAGUGUAAGGUUGCCCCAGAGUAUAGACAGAUCAGCCAGUAAAAAGCAGUCUCAGCUGUCCAGCCCCAUUGCAGCCUGGUUAAGCAGCCUGUCUUUGGGAGAUUCGGCACCUGAACGCAAGUCCCCUUCCCACCACGGCCAGCCCGACUCCUCUGAGGCAACAGGUCUUGUUCAGCGCUGUGUCAUCAUCCAGAAGGACCAGCAUGGCUUCGGCUUCACCGUCAGUGGGGACCGCAUCGUUCUGGUACAGUCUGUGCGGCCUGGAGGUGCAGCCAUGAAAGCCGGUGUGAAGGAGGGGGACCGCAUCAUCAAAGUGAACGGCACCAUGGUGGCCAACAGCUCACACCUGGAGGUGGUGAAGCUUAUAAAAUCGGGUGCCUAUGUUGCACUAACCCUCCUGGGUUCUUCACCCUCAACUGUCGGCGUCUCUGGGCUCCAGCAGGAUCCAGACCCAGCAGGAGCUCCCCAGGUCCCCCCUGUGAUCCCUCCACCACCACCUCCUCCACCUCUGCCACCUCCACAGCGCAUCACAGCACCCAAACCUCUGCAGGAUCUUGAAUUUCAAAAACAUGCCACCCAGAUCCUUAGGAAUAUGCUGAGGCAGGAGGAAAAGGAGUUACAGAGUAUCUAUGAGGUGUAUAGCCGGAACCCCACCAGCCUGCUGGAAGAGCAGAUUGAAGCUGCCCGGCGGCGAGUCACUCAGUUGCAGCUGAAGAUCCAGCAGGAGACGGGUGGCUUAGUGGACAUACUUCCACUCCAUGGUGACAACAACCAGAGAUCAACAGAAGGCCGACUUUCUCUGGAUUCACAGGACGGGGACAGUGGCUUGGACUCUGGGACAGAACGCUUCCCUUCCCUCAGUGAGUCAUUGAUAAAUCGGAACUCGGUGCUGUCAGACCCUGGACUAGACAGUCCUCGAACCUCCCCUGUGAUCAUGGCCAGGGGGGCCCAGCGCCACAGGUGGCAGGGCUCCAAUGCACCAGCUCCCCCCGCCAGCGACCAGACAGGUGUAGAUCAAAGCCCAAAGCCUUUAAUUAUUGGCCCAGAAGAAGAUUAUGACCCGGGUUAUUUCAACAACGAGAGCGACAUCAUAUUCCAGGAUCUUGAGAAACUUAAGUCACGGCCAGCUCACCUGGGGGUUUUUCUACGUUACAUCUUCUCUCAGGCAGACCCCAGCCCACUGCUUUUUUACUUGUGUGCAGAAGUUUAUCAGCAGACAAACUCCAAGGAUUCCCGAAGCUUGGGAAAAGACAUCUGGAAUAUUUUCCUAGAGAAAAAUGCGCCACUGAGAGUGAAGGUCCCAGAGGCGUUACAGGCUGAGAUCGACUUGCGCUUGCGGAGCAGCGAGGACUUGCGCAGUGUUCUCAGUGAGGCUCAGGAGGCAGCCAUGCCGGAGAUCCAGGAGCAGAUCCAGGACUACAGAACGAAGCGCACUCUGGGACUGGGCAGCCUGUAUGGUGAGAACGACCUGCUGGAGCUGGAUGGGAACCCUCUCCGAGAGCGCCAAGUGGCCGAGAAGCAGCUGGCUGCCCUGGGAGAUAUUCUGUUCAAAUACGAGGAAGACAGGAGCGCCCCCAUGGACUUCGCCCUCAACACCUACAUGAGCCAUGCUGGGAUCCGGCUCCGAGAGGCACGGUCUUCCAUCGCGGCGGAAAAGGCCCCGUUGUCUGCUCCUGACAAGUGGCUGCCCUUCUUCCCGAAGACCAAGAAGCAGAGCAGCAAUCCCAAGAAAGAAAAGGAUGCCUUGGAAGACAAGAAGCGAAACCCCAUCCUCAAAUACAUCGGGAAGCCCAAAAGCUCGUCCCAGAGUACAUUUCAUAUUCCCUUGUCCCCUGUGGAAGUUAAACCAGGCAACGUGAGGAACAUCAUUCAGCACUUUGAGAACAACCAGCCGUAUGAUGCCCCGGAACCCGGGAUGCAGCGACUCUCGACAGGAAGCUUCCCCGAGGACCUGCUGGAGAGCGACAGCGCGCGCUCAGAGAUCCGCCUGGGCCGCUCGGAGAGCCUGAAGGGCCGGGAGGAGCUGAAGCGCUCCCGGAAGACGGAGAGCGUGCCCCGCUCCCGCAGCGACGUGGACAUGGACGCCGCCGCCGAGGCCGCCCGCCUCCACCAGUCAGCCUCGUCCUCCGCCUCCAGCCUCUCCACCAGGUCUCUGGAGAACCCCACUCCUCCCUUCACCCCCAAAAUGGGUCGCAGGAGCAUCGAGUCCCCCAGCCUGGGGUUCUGCACGGAUGCCCUCCUGCCCCACCUCCUGGAGGACGACCUGGGCCAGCUGUCCGACCUGGAGCCGGAGCCGGACACGCAGAACUGGCAGCACACGGCGGGCAAGGACGUGCUGGCGGGGCUCACCCAGAGGGAGAUUGACCGGCAAGAGGUCAUCAAUGAGUUGUUUGUGACCGAGGCUUCCCAUCUGCGCACGCUCCGGGUCCUGGACCUGAUCUUCUACCAGCGAAUGAAGAAGGAGAACCUGAUGCCCCGGGAGGAGCUGGCCCGGCUCUUCCCCAACCUGCCUGAACUCAUCGAGAUCCACAAUUCCUGGUGUGAAGCCAUGAAGAAGCUCCGGGAGGAGGGCCCCAUCAUCAAGGAAAUCAGUGACCUCAUGCUGGCUCGGUUUGAUGGUCCUGCCCGAGAGGAACUCCAGCAAGUGGCCGCCCAGUUCUGCUCGUACCAGUCCAUAGCCCUGGAGCUGAUCAAGACCAAGCAGCGGAAGGAGAGCCGAUUCCAGCUCUUCAUGCAGGAGGCUGAGAGCCACCCUCAGUGCCGGCGGCUGCAGCUGCGGGACCUCAUCAUCUCGGAGAUGCAGCGGCUGACCAAGUACCCGCUGCUGCUGGAGAGCAUCAUUAAGCACACGGAGGGUGGCACCUCUGAGCAUGAGAAGCUUUGCCGGGCCCGGGACCAGUGCCGGGAAAUUCUUAAGUACGUGAAUGAAGCGGUGAAGCAGACAGAGAACCGGCACCGGCUGGAGGGCUACCAGAAACGCCUGGACACCACCUCCCUGGAGAGAGCCAGCAACCCCCUGGCAGCAGAAUUCAAGAGCCUGGAUCUCACCACCAGAAAGAUGAUCCAUGAGGGGCCCCUGACGUGGAGGAUCAGCAAGGAUAAGACCCUGGACCUCCACGUGCUGCUGCUGGAGGACCUCCUGGUGCUGCUGCAGAAACAGGACGAGAAGCUGCUGCUGAAGUGCCACAGCAAGACGGCUGUGGGCUCCUCCGACAGCAAGCAGACCUUCAGCCCCGUGCUCAAGCUCAACGCCGUUCUCGUCCGCUCCGUGGCCACAGACAAGCGUGCCUUCUUCAUCAUCUGCACCUCCGAGCUCGGCCCACCCCAGAUCUACGAGCUGGUGGCACUGACUUCCUCAGACAAGAACACGUGGAUGGAACUCCUCGAAGAGGCCGUGCGGAACGCCACCCGGCACCCGGGAGCUGCCCCGGCACCCGUCCCGCCGCCGCCCGGCCCUCCGGGGCCCGCCCACCGGAGCCCCCGGUCCAGCGGAGACCUGGAGGACUCGGAAGUGUUUCAGAGGGAGCCAGAGCCAGAGGCGCUCCCCGGAGGUCCGGGGCCCCCUCAGAGGGCCAAAGGGAAGCACUCGGUCCUGCUGGAGGACCUCACGCAUGAGGGCAGCAUAGAGGACAAGGAGCUGGGUGCCCUGCCCCACCCUCCCGCAUCCCUGGAUGGAGAGAACAGAGGCGGCAGGACCAGAGACCCCAUCGUCCUGCCCCUCCCAGGCCCCAUGUUCAUGGAAGGCCUCGCCGAUGCCGCCCUAGAAGAUGUGGAGAUCCUGCGGCACCUGAUCCUGCGGGGCCGGCUGCCCAGUCACCCCAGGGAGCCGCAGGCUGCGGGGGAGCCCGAGGACGACCUGACGCCCACACCGUCCGCCGUCAGCAUCACCUCUCACCCCUGGGACCCAGGCUCCCCCGGACGCGCCGCCCCGGGGGGUGCAGGGGAGAGCGCCCCGCUCCCGGGGCCGGAGGGCAGCCAGCCCGAGCGGGAGGCCGCACGCUGCUCUCUGGAGCGCCUGCCCCCGCGGGCGCGGAGCUCUGGGCUCUGGGAGCCUCCUGAGCUGGGCAGGAGCCCCGAGGAAGAGGCUUCGGGCACGGAGGCAGCAGGAAGUUACAAAGUUGUGAGGAAAGCUGAGGUGGCAGGCAGUAAGGCUGUCCCUGCACUACCAGCGGGUGGCCAGGCAGAGGCUGAGCCACCUGAAGUGGAAGGCGGAGCAAAGGCUACGGGGAACUGUUUUUACGUCAGCAUGCCAGCAGGGCCCCUGGACUCCAGCACCGAGCCCCCGGGGGCACGCACAGACCUCGCUCAGCCCGACGGCCUCCCUGCCCGGCGGACAGAGCCGCGGCCGCCGCGGGGCAGCGGAGAGCCGAGGCGCCCCAGCUGCUCGCCCCCCAGCCUGGCCCUCAAGGACAUGGGCAUCAUCUUCCAGACCAUCGAGCAGCUCACCCUCAAGCUCCACAGGCUCAAGGACAUGGAGCUGGCCUACAGGGAGCUGCUCCGCUCCCUCGGCGGCGAGUCCUCCGGCGGCACCACGCCCGUGGGCAGUCUCCACGCAGAAGCAGCUCGGUGGGCAGACUGCUCCCUGUCGCCCCCCGUGAAGGACCCCCCGGCCUCCGACUCCGGGGACAGCCAGGAGCCGGGGCCCGGCCCGGAGGACAGCGCCAGCAGCCCCCGGGAGGACAGCACGGCAGACUCGGCCUCACCCCCAGGACUGUGACCACCGCCUCGCACCCACUCCCCGCGGGGCUGGCCCGGGCGGGCACGGCGGGACACCAGGCCUCCUGCGGGGCAGGCAGAGGCAGCUCAGGAGCCGCACCGAGGGAGACGCAUGUUGCUUGGGAGUCCAGUUUCAGUGUCUUGCUCAUCCUCACCCGAGGAUAUUUUCCAUUGAUUUUUUUUUUAAGAGGGAGGGGGGGAGAGGCAUCGAGUGGUUGCCUCUCGCAGGCACCCUGACCAGAGGCUGGGGAUCAAACCUGCAACCCGGUGACCGGGAAUCGAACACUAACCACUGAGCAUACUGGCCAGGACCAGUUUCAGGGUCUUUCCCCUCCCUCAGGCCACCGGUCCCGGGUCUCCUGUGCAUGCUGACUGCGUCUUUAAGGCCCCCUUGUCCCACGUACGCGGGCCCGCUGGUACGCGUGGGUCCCUCAGGCAUGCACGUGAACGGGAAGGCCUCUGUGUAAACGCACUUUCUUCUUCCCCUUCCCCCAGGGCCCAAGGCUGGGGGUUGCCUCCGCCCCUCCUGUCACCUGGUUUCCUAUAAAUAUGUAUGUACUGUAUGUGCAUCGUGGCUGUUGUAAAUAACCUGGACCUUCCUGUCCCUGGAGUGCGGAGGCCGCCGCCGAGGGGAGAGGCUCCGUACGUCUCCCAGGUCUCGCCCAGCUCCAGGAUCGGGGCCUGAAGGCUGAGCCAGUCCCCUGUGGGCCCACCUAGCGCGGGGGCCCGGCCUCCGCCGCUCAGGGCCAAGCUCCACCCUCCCCUCUGGACUUCCCACCCUUCCCCACAGCAAACCAGUGUAUCAGGUACGGAGCUGAGCUGGGUGGCCCCAGAGGAGGGGGUUCAGAUGCUGGAGUCCCUCCAUUCACCAGGACCGUCCCAGGAGCCACUGCCACGCUGGCCCUGCCACCACGUCCACGGCACUCCCCCACCGACUCGCAGAAUAUACACACUGUGCUAGGUGUAUAUAUACAUAUAUAAAUAUAUAUAUAAUAUAUAAAAUACAGAUAUGGAAAUGACUGUUCUGUUGUUAAAAUAAUGUAUACUCUUUUAUUUUCUUCCUUUCAUGAUUAAGAUUUUUUUUUUUUUAAGAAAAGUUAAAUAUUCUUCAAUUGUA